GCGUCAAGAAAGGAAAGAAUUAAAGCUAUACAACUAAAAUCUUAUUAGAAUUGGGAAAUUUAAUGGAUAAAUCAAAGUUCUGUUAUUAGUUGUGGUUUCUAUUAUUAUUGUAAAUUUGAGCAAAGUUACAAUUAUCAUUCUGUUAUUUGUUUGCUUAUUUUCUUCUAAGGAUUCCCAAAAGAGGACAUACUUAGACAUCUACAAGAUGGAUUUAGCGGAAACGAUGAAGAGUGUAUUAGCGAAGAGUUCGGGUGGAUCCAGUGGGGCGCCAAGUACAUCAUCGACAACGGCGACAACGCACGGUGCUGAGGGCUAUGUUACUGAAAAAUUAUACAUGUUGUUGCAACUUUACCUACAGAACAAAGGUUGGAGUCCUAGCAUCGAAUUACUGCAAUGUUUCAGUGACCUUAAGGAGUCAUCCAUGUUACCAAGUGCAGCUUAUUUACAAAUGAUGGCAUCAAGGGUUGGCUUAGACACGCAGGGUAGACUGAUUCUUCGUGAGAACGGAAAGAUAAUUCUCCCAUAUGAGCAUUUUGCUAAUGCUGUAAUGCUAAAGCACAUGAAUGGUCCACAUGGAUUGCAUUUAGGUCUUGAAGCAACAGUCAGAGCAGUUGUAGAGUCAUAUACUAUAGGAAGAGAGCAAUUUGGUAUGGAGAAGGAAUUCAUUGUUGAAGUUGUGCAGAACUGCCCUAACCCUGCAUGUAGAUAUUACAAGAACCAAUUAGAAAUGACACAGAAGUCUAUACAGCAACAUUUAUCACAGCAGCCCACUUAUAUUCCUGAUUCAGGAUCAUCUAACUUAUCAGAGAGUCAGGCAGUAGAGCGGUUGUUGCGUGGAAGCGCACUCGCGCAGGACUACCAACUACCGCUCGCGCCGCAUCUCGCCGCUCUCACCAACCUAACAGCUGAAAAAAGUGAUCGUCGUGCUCAGGAGAAGUUAUCACAGCAUCAGCAAAUGUUACUCCAGCAUCAGAAUAGAAACCUUGGCCAUCAGUCAUCCAUCGACAAAUACACUCAUUCACAGCAGCGUUCUUCAAGCUCCUCGCAAUCGGGUCUCGACUCCAAGUCUAAGCAUCAUUAUACUGAUGAACACAAACUCACUGAUUUCUUGAGAGCAAAUUUAGAGACGUUAGAGUCUCUGUCUGGCGGCAGCGGAGCGGGCGCGAGUGUUGGUGCAGCGGUGGGUGCGGGGGCGGGGUCUGGGGCGGGGGGCGGUGGUGGGGGCCAGGAGCGGGUGGUGCGCGCCUUCGCCGAGCUCGCACGUAACCUGCAGCGCAUGCGGCCCUGUGUAAGACCCGCCAUGUGCAAGCCCUACGGGAAACAGAGUGAGCAGCUACAGAAAAUACUGUUAGACACUAUUCAGUUGGUGCAGUCGCUGCGUAGUUAUUUGCCGCCGCCACACAUUCAAGUUACAUCGUGGAAGAAUGACGACAAAUUGCGCUCUAACAAUAUGGACGAACUGGAGAGCCGUAAGAUAGUUAGCGGCAACUAGCGUACGGACGCGACCGUCGCCGACGGUUGAAUGCUACGGUGACGUCACAACUCACGCACACGUUAAAUACUCUCAUAAUAUUACGACAUUAGAGGCAUAAGGUCGGAUAUCCUUGGGUAUUUUUAAACUGAACAUUUCAAGUGUAAAUUUUUAAUGUAUCACAGAUAUAUGACUGUUUUCAAGUUUAUUAUGAUUUUCGUAAUGUUUCAAUCAGAUGAUCGACAAAUGAAGUCAAGAGUCUUGGAAAAAUAUACAAACAUAUUAUAUAAAAAUGUUUUUUUCCAAUAAAUACGACCUUAUGUCUCUUAAGUCACGCAUACGCACAUUCUUCAAUAUCGUAUGUAAUUAUUUUUAAAUUAUCACAUGACACGUAAGGAUGGUUCAAUAAAAAAAAAAACACAGUAUCAUACUACUUUAGGAAUCGGUUUCAUACUACCGUCAGUGGAACAUGCAAAUGGUAAUAUUAAAUUUUGGUCAUUUAAAACUUUUUUACAGUUCUAUAGAAGUUUAUAGUGUGAAUGAAACCAAUAGUAAUGUUCUAUAAUGAUUUAACUUUUAAAUACUGCAUUCAACUACGUCAUUUACCUAAUUUCAGUUAAAAAAAACAUAAAGUAAAAAAAUAUGACUAAUAAAACACAGCAAACAUAUUUUCUUUAGAUGUAUUUUCACUUUUCGUAUGCACUAUUCUUUAGGUGGGGUAGCAAUCGAAAUCAUUUCAAUCUGGCACAUAAUUUUAGAAUUUAUAAUUAAUCACUUUGUUCAACGCGUUUAUUCAUCGUUUAUAUUGCGAAUAUGUCUGCUUUAUAUGUUUAUAAAUGAUUAUUAUGUGUUACGGUUUCGUGUUAGUUAUUUUCGGUACAUAGUGUAAGGGAACAAGUGCCUUUUCACUACCUCAACAUAAACGGGGAGGUUGAUUUAUUAAUCCGAGCAUCGUUUUGGCUUCUAUCAUUUGUUGAGAUAAUUGUGUCGCUGUUAAUGCGGUCGUUGACCCCGUCUUUUGUACGAUUUACAUUGCGGCCUCGCAAGGCUUGUAGCUAAAGCGAUACUCGGUUAUUAAAUGAUUAAUUUUCUCUGCUACGUAAUGUAUAUUUUGUCCUUACUUAAUCGAUGGUAGCCUCGAGGGGUUAUUCCAGCUCCUCCGGAUGGGUAGGUGAACUCACGGGGUUCUAUCUGAGAUUAUUUCCGAAAGCUUGCUCUAGCAAGAGCAGUGCUUCGCUGAAUCUACCACCGCAUCGGAAUCGCGACCCACUGAGAGGAUCCGUCGAGAACCUCAGUGGGUGGUGUCUGUGGGUUAUGUAACGUAUAGGUAAAUAGGUUCCCGUACACCUUGUAUUGUUUUUGUCGACGUUUAUUUCGAGUAAGUUUAUUUUUUUCAAGCAUGUAGCUAUAUUUUUACAUUUGUUCGUAGUUACGUUUCUUCGGAUUACUAUUGUAAGUGCAUUAUUUACACUGUGAUAAAGUGUAAUAAUUGUAGGUCUGAGCGAAGUCUUGACAUGAAUGUAUUGUAGUGCAACUGCGUUAUAUACGUAAGCUACGGUCGUACGGUCAUUGGACGAGGCGUGGGCGUGAAUGCGGGAACAUUUUGGAGUUGUCGUCCAAUGAUUCGACAGUGAAAUGAAUAUAUCUUUAUUAUAUUGCCGUGUCUUGUCCUGUGAAAGAUAUGAGGUUUUUAGGUAUCUUGAAGACUGCUAUAUUUCGGGUUUGUCAUAGCUAAUGUUGCCUGUCGGCGUUGUGAAUUGGGGAUCGGUGGAACGUAACGGUUUCCGGAGAAUGAACACUUGAGAUGUGUUUGUGCUUCGGUAUGUCAGUUAUGUCGUCGUGUCUCGAUGUGCGUGGGUGUAAAUAGUUCGAAGUAAUGAAUUCGAUGCGACAGGUGCUUCUUUGCUGAUAAACUUACUACGCUUAAAUUAAUUUCCAUGAUUUACAUUCAAAAUAAUUGAAUGAGCAUUUCAUUGAAUGUAGGGUAAACCGUACAAUUUUUGGCAAUGUCUUCAUGAUGUAUUCCUAUUUAUUUAUAAAAUUUGAUCUGAACGAAAUCAUAGAGAUCUAAUAUUUUUAUCUCUUAAAAAAUAUUUGGUUUUUAUUCCUAGUGCAUUCUUCAAUCUCAUUUUUUUUUUUAUUUAAUCUAACCAAUGUAAAGUUUACCCUAUUUUACAAGUACGUUUAAAAUAUAUUUUUCAAAUAAAAACCUCAGAUUUUUUUUAUAAAUUGCGAGUAAGAAGAAGCACUGUUACUGUAUAUCGGUCUAAGAGUUGUGUAUUAUCAUUGUUAUAAUCAAUAUUUACUUCCAAGAUAUCACCUACGUGAAAUAAUGGACUACGUAAGUAUGUUAGUGCAAUAAUAAGGCAAAGCCUACAUUAAAGUAAAAAUUUUUGUAACUUAGUACAGUAAUUCUAAAUUAUAAAACGUAUAAUUGUAUUGACGGUAAGCGAUUGGCUCGUAGUCGGGGCGUGUGAGUGUUUCUCGGCCGAUAUAUCGCACCUUUAGGAUAGAAAGUGGCUUAAUCAAAAAAUCUUGUUUUUUGGUCACCGUCAAAAUAGUAAUUUUUCAAUUUAGAUUUUAAUACUUUAAGCCUAAAGCUUAAGGUAGACGCUUGAUUUAAAAG